AUUAACUACUUACAUUUGUGUGAACAUCACCCAAGUCGUUGGUCUGCUUGGCAGCCGCUCUGCUUUUGGCACAACAUCCUGCACCACUCAGUUUGCACUAGCAGCCUCUGCUCGUCGAGCCGUCUAUCCCGUUUCUUGCCUUGACUGCUAUUACUUACGAUAUGGUGACGCUAUCCCGCAGCGCGGCGCGCGCACCCGCCGCCGCGCUUUCGGGACGUGUUGGCCCGAGACUGGUACCCUCCCACCUGAGCGCUGGUGCGCCUCGCCCGGCAAUUGCCGACGCUGUUGCGUCCACCUCUGGAGACACUGCGUCCACCUCCAGCGCAAUGCCUGCAUGGGGCUCUGCAAGGAGCUGGCGGCAGCACGGGGCAGGCACCGGCUCGGCGUGGCGGCGGGGUCGGCUCGCAACCGUGGCGCUAGCGACGGGCUCAGCGGCCGCGGAGCCAGCGGCGUCCACGCCAAAGAACCUCAUGGAGGGAGAUAUCGUGUCGCCCAAGCGCGAGGCCAAGCUGACGCUGGAGCAGUACAAGGAGAUCUACGACCGCCUCAUCGACAUCUUCCAGACCCGCCCGCGCGACGACUGGAAGAAGCUGAUCGUGUUCUCCAAGCAGUGGGACGAGCACGCCACCGGGGUGUUCGACAGGAUCAAGGAGAAGGCGGAGGCGGAGGCGGACCUGGACAAGAAGAUGGCGCUGAGGAAGCUGUUCAGGGCGCUGCAGAACGUGAACGAGGAGCUCAAGCGCUACAACUCGCUGCUGCUCAAGCUGGGCGAGGCGGCGGACGACGAGUGGGAGGCGGUGGUGGCGGCCUACCGCGGCGACCUGCAGAAGCCCUUCUUCGAGCACAUGCAGUGCCUCAUCGCGGCGGCCAAGGACGACGCCUCCAAGCGCGACACGCUGGUGCUGCUCAACACGCGGCUGGUGGCGCUCAUCGCCAACCACGACGCCGUGGCGGCGGAGCCCGAGAAGCUGGCGGCGGCGGCGGAGCUGUACCGGGACCUGCUCAGCUCGGUGAGCAGCAUGGAGGACCUGGACAAGCGCAUGGCGGAGCUGUCCUCCAGCGGCCGCAUAGACCCCGCCUUCCUGCAGAUCAGCGCCAAGGCCUACGGCGCGGCGCGCGACACCAACAUGAGCAAGGACGAGGCCAAGUGGGUGGCGUACAAGCUGUACCGCCACGCUCGCGACCACUUUGACCGGCAGCAGCCCGCGGAGAAGCGCAUCAUCGAGUACCUGCUCACGGUGACGGACCCCACCGAGCGCCGCAACCUGUUGGACAAGGCCAUCACGCCCGGGCCCAUCCGCAUGACAGAGACACACGACUACCUGUACAGCACGCCGCAGCGGCUGUUCCUGGUGCUGGACAACACACUGCGCGCCUACCACCUCAUGCGCGACGGAGCCGCCAAGAACCUCAACACGCCCGAGGCGGCCGUGCUGCCGCGCAAGGUCCGUGUCAUGAUGGAGCUGCGCGACGACAUCAUCCGCCGCUACCUGUAGGCGGCCGGGUGGCUGGCUGGCUGGCUGGCUGGCUGGUUGGCUGGGUGUGGGACUUUGUGACAGCUGUGCACUGCAAGGCCUGGGCUUGAAUUGAGGGUACCGGGGUUGAUGGGUGCGGUGUUUGGAGCGGCCGCUGGGGCCGAGUGGCCGACCAAGCGACUGAGGGUUUCACUUGACGUGCUGGCUGCCUGCCUGGGGGCGCACUUAGUAUUGCGUGUAUGCACGUGUAGGCUGCGUGUAGGCGAGCACAGGCGGCGUAAGCCAGGCUUUAAGGUGGCAGGCCGCCCAGACCGCCGUCAGGAAUGGGAGGGAGAGGGUAGGUCGGCGGGAGGUGUUAGCAAUUCCCUCCUGUACCGGUAGUCAGUCAGUCAUUCAGUCCGGCUCGGCCACGGGUGCGCGGGAUGACAAGCUGGGAUGGUUAACGACGGCCUGUGCACCUUUGUAUAAUACCGCGCUUUA